AUUCCGUGUUACAACCUCACUGAACCUCACUACAGUAUGCAUCGUUUUUUUACUUUGUGAAUAGAAAUGUCAUUCUACCUGUUUUAAAUAUCCUAGGCAUAGAAUGAUUCGCUACGUCAUUUUUUAAAUGUGUCAUAUAUAACCAAUUGCCAUCGGUAUAUGCAGAAUACUUGUCCAUGCACACAUGCAUACGUAAAUAUUUCGCAUGUUUCAUACAGUUUUUGCCUAGACAAUUUUCUUAUAAUGUGCUUUUUGAAUUAAACUUUACCAUAUGGCUAUAUAGUUAAUCCCGUACUAACUUAUAAACAAAGUUUAUUUAUAAUUAAAUCAUUGAAAUGGCCCCGAAAUUGCGAAUUUUAUCUAAUGUUAUAGAGCGACUAAAAAGUGUAAGGAAUGGGAUAACAGGUCACCUGUAUGGUGUUAUGUACAAUAAUACAUUAACAGUAUUGACAUUUAGUGUAAAUGUAUCGGAUGACAUUGAAGCCAAUUUAAAUCACACGACAUUACAGUUACACAUGCCAGCAGAAGUGUAUCUCUGUGGUAUUCUACAUGUUGGUGAAUGUGAAGAGAAGCUUCCAGAUACAUUUCAAGAUAUUGAUAUAACAGAUAAUCCCUUACUUUUGAAGUAUUCACAUGAAAAUUUUAAAGUAGAAACAUAUUUUUAUAUUCAUCAAAAACUUGAAGCUAUUAAUGAUGUAAAAAUCAUUAAUGAAAAUGAAAUUCGUCAAGAAUUUAUGUACAUUAGAAUAAGAGGAAGCUUGCCUAUAAUUGCUCAAAAUGAUAACAUAAUGGAGGUAUUAGAAGAAACAAGAAAAAAUCAAGUUGCAUCAGGAAAGAUAGGAUUUCAGUUUCCAUCAAAAAAUGCAUUUCUUUUUAACAACGAGAAUAACUUGAAUGAUACAUCUUUAAAGGAACUCUUAGAUAUUUCUGUAUAUCAUGAAGGCACUACAAAUAUAAAAAAAGGCAUUAUUCGACCUGCAGGGGUUGUGGAUGCUGUAAAUGCUAAUAUACUUUUAAAAAUAUCUAGAGAUAAACUUUCAGAGGAAAAUAUUAAUUAUGCCCCAGUCCUUCAAUAUGUAAAACGACCAUUUGAUAGUUUGGAGUGUAAUUUGUCUAUUGACACAUUAUCUUUGGUCAAUUUUAACACAAGUUCAGCAGACCUUUAUGGAAUAUUAGUGGAAUCCAUGUGUCGAAAUAUUAAAUUAAUAGAAAAAUGUUUUGAGGAGCAGCUUAAAAAAUCUGAAUCAUCUAUAAAACUGCCACUACCUGUACAUUUCAGACCCCAUGCUUUUGGACAUUUACUCACAGUAGUCUAUCCAAAUGGUCAUAAUGACAACGAAACAAUUGAAUACCGUGAAAGUUUACAUAGAAUUCUUGAAUUAGAUAUGAGUAAACCCUACUUCCGCUACGGGAACGCCGUGAAAUUUUAUAACGAGUCGCAAGCAGAUAAUAUACUCAUAAAUCCUCACGAAGCUAUUUUACAAAAUGAUGAUGUAGCGAAUAGUACUCGCAAAAUUAGCAUUGUACAAGGUUUAUAUGCAUAUCAUCAUUACAUGCAGGAUAAUUUUGAUGAUAAUGGCUGGGGCUGCGCAUACAGAUCUCUACAGACGAUUAUUUCGUGGUACAGAUUACAAGGCUACACUGAAAUACCAGUACCUUCACAUUGUAAAAUACAAAAAUGUUUAGUUAAUAUAGGAGAUAAGCCUUCAAGUUUUAUUAAUAGUAAACAAUGGAUUGGCUCAACAGAAGUAGGUUUUGUACUAGAAAGUCUAUUAGGUAUCAGUGUUAAAGUGCUCUGUGCAUCUACAGGUGAAGAAGUAUCAACUUUAGCUACAAAUCUGUUGCAUCAUUUUCAAACACAGGGUACACCAGUAAUGAUUGGUGGUGGUGUAUUAGCUCACACAAUUUUAGGGAUCAACUAUGAUGAACUUACCGGUGAUGUAAAAUUCUUAAUUUUAGAUCCGCAUUAUACAGGUCCUGAACAUUUACCAACUAUAAUAAACAAAGGUUGGUGUGGAUGGAAAACAAAAGAUUUUUGGAAAAAAGAUGCAUUUUAUAAUAUGUGUUUGCCUCAAAGGCCAGUGUGCAUCUGA